AUGCUGCUACGAGAGAAUAGCUGUUGCAGCCGGCGUCAAAGCAGCUCCAGCGCAGGGGACCCAGAUGGGGAGCGCGAGGACUCGCUGGCUACGCGCGCUAGGCAGCAGCUGGAGGCGCUGCUCAACAAGACCAUGCGCAUUCGCAUGCCAGAUGGGCGGACACUGGUCGGUUGCUUCCUCUUCACCAACCGUGACUGCAGUGUUAUCCUGGGCUCGGCGCAGGAGUUCCUCAAGCCGUUGAAUUCCUUCUCUGCCGGGGAACCUCGUGUGCUGAGCCUGGCCAUGGUACCUGGACACCACAUCCACAUCGUUUCUAUCGAGGUGCAGAGAGAGAGCCUGGCGGGGCCUCCCUAUCUCUGA